AUGACAGCAACCUCAUUGCAUUUGGCUAUCUGGGUAUAUUGUGAUGUUUCCACUAGAGAAAUACGUCCAUACAUACCUCGAAUUCUACGUCGCAGCAUAUAUAACACCGUACAUCGCUUAUCGCAUCCAGGAGUUCGAGCCACCAAGGAGUUAAUUGCGCGUCGGUUUAUCUGGCCGAAUCUCAACAAAGACAUCGCAGAAUGGGUAUACGUAGAACCAAGACCAGCUUACCAUCCCGCCUCCAAUGGUAUGGUGGAGCGAUUUCAUCGUUCUCUCAAAUCAGCCAUCCGCUGUUACGCAACUAUCGAAUGGAUAGACGUCCUUCCUACGGUCCUGUUAGGCUUGCGAGCUAGCGUGAAAGAGGACUUAAAAACUAGCGCAGCAGAGCUAGUCUAUGGAACCCCCAUCCGUCUCCCAGGAGAAUUUUUUAUAGACGAGGAUCCUCCAGAAGACCCACAAAUAUUUAUCGAGAAAUUACGCGAACGCAUGCAUGCAGUCAAAAGGCCUCUCGAUUAUCCGUACGAAGGCCCUUAUGAGAUUGUGGAAAGAUUAUCUGACCGAGUCUUCAAACUCAAUAUAAAAGGAGAACAAGUAACAAUUUCAACAGAAAGACUGAAACCGGUAUAUCAAGAAAUAAUACUUGCAGAAGAUACCACGCAGCAUACAUCAGCUCAGCAGCCUUUAAAAACAUACCCUCCAGCGAAGAAAAAGGUCACUUUCACAUCCUAG